CCUCGUCACCCUUCGCGCCUCGGUAUGGUCGGGCGGGACCACCUUUGCUUCCCCGCAUAGUUCGUUCUCCAGGGUUACGCCGGUAUAAUGCAAGUCGCGCGCUCUAAUCUCUCUGCCUCGUUUCCUUCUGGCUCGGCCUCCCAGCCUGCCAUGUAUCCUGGCGGCUCCCAAAAUGCUGCCAUGCCGGCCCCAUCGUUCUCCCGCUCCUUCUCCGACGUGAACGGCUACCAGCAGCAUCCCAUGGAGAAGCCCCAGAUUUAUACGGCUGUCUACUCCGGAGUGUCUGUUUAUGAGAUGGAGGUUAACCGUGUCGCCGUGAUGCGUCGCCGAUCUGACGGCUGGCUGAAUGCUACCCAAAUCCUCAAGGUCGCCGGUGUAGAUAAGGGCAAACGGACCAAGGUGUUGGAGAAAGAGAUACUGACAGGGGAACAUGAGAAGGUUCAAGGUGGCUACGGCAAAUACCAGGGCACGUGGAUCAACUACCGCCGCGGAAGGGAGUUCUGUCGCCAAUAUGGCGUAGAAGAUAUCUUGAGACCCCUCUUGGAUUAUGACAUGAGCGGCGAUGGCAACGUCGGACAAGGCAUCGAGACUCCCACGAAGGAGCAAGCUAUGGCCGCGAACCGUAAGCGCUUUUAUACCCAAAGUAUGGACGGCCGUACCGCAAACCAGAACGUUGGCGGAACCUUCUUCUCCAACAUAUCUUCCACGGCGACAAGCGCCCUCGCUGCCAUGAACAAGGUCGCUAGAAUGAACUCUCCGGCACCCCGUCCCCCAAGCUCGUCACAGCGGAGGUCCAUUGGCCGUCCAUCGCAAGGUCCCAUGGGGAGCCAGGAUUCUUUCCGUGCCAGCAGUCAGCAGAGUGUCCCCAGCCUGGCGUCCGAGAGGAGCUUCGGCGCCAAUGGUCUCACUGACUCGGCGUAUGGCACUGGUCAGGAUAAUGAUAUACAGGAACCACCCAGGAAACGAAUGCGACCAUCGCAGGAAGAGUCGUUCACCCAACCCAAUGGGACCGACAUGUCGUUGAGGGAUCAGGGUUCUCCGACUGAACCGAGCGAGUCCUUUUACCAGACUGGCCAUCAGAUUACCACCGCUGAUGGCGAGGUUCCUACUGCUCUCCCGCCUCUGCCUUAUCCCACCGACAAACUAUCCGAAGAGAAACAGGCCAUGCUGACAGAGUUGUUCGCAGACCAAUCCCGGACCGACUUCACGAACCACCCCGCCAUACUGCACCUCUCUGGCUCAGAUCUGGAUCUUCCCAUUGACAAUGCGAGCAACACUGCCCUCCAUUGGGCGGCGACGCUCGCGCGUGUCUCGUUGAUGCGGCUCCUGGUGUCGAAGGGAGCCAACAUGUUUCGGGGCAACGCUGCUGGCCAAACGCCUCUCAUGAGCGCUGUCUCUGUGAACAACAGUCUGGACCACAGCUGCUUCCCUGAGACGCUCGAGAUCCUGGCUCCCUUGAUUGAGCUCCGUGAUGCCCAAGGGAGGACAAUCCUGCAUCAUAUCGCCGUCACAUGCGCCAUCAAAGGACGUGCUGCGUCGAGCAAGUACUACCUGGAGGCGCUUCUGGAGUAUCUUGUGAGAAGUAAUAUCGGCCAUAGCCAGUCGGAGAAUGGCCCCAGCCAGUAUGGAAAGCCCAUUGGACUCAUGCGCUUCAUGCAAGAGAUGGUCAACGCGCGUGACAAAGGCGGUAACACGGCUCUGAAUCUCGCUGCCAGAAUUGGCAAUCGCAACAUCAUCUCUCAGCUCAUGGAGGUGCAGGCAGAUCCCACGAUACCAAAUGACAAAGGCACUCGACCGCUCGAUUUCGGCGUUGGGACUGAUGCGAAUGCGGAGCCGCCGACACGCGUGGAUAGCCCAAGUAAAGGCAAGGCCCCUCUGAGUAAGGUUGAAGAAACCACCAGGGAGAUACAGCCUCUUAUGAGUGGUAUAUUGCAGAGUGCCAGCAUGCAGUUCACUCAAGAAGCUCGUCUCAAACAAGAUACCAUUGACCGCACGAAUGAGACGAUUGCACAGCUGUCUGCGUUGCAAAGAACAGAACAGGAGCGCCUAGAGCAGUUACGGGCGCGGCUGCGCACGCGACAAGAUCGUGCAAAGCGGAUCGUCAACCUGAAAAGGUGGCUAGAACCUCAGCGACACAACCUGGCUAUCGGCACAGGAUCAGACAUACGCGAAAAGCGGAAGCUUGGUUAUGCCGACAGCGAUGGAGCCGGAGUAGUUGUGCGUGCUGAAGAUUUGCCUCGUGAACUUCAUGUCGCGGGAGAACACCUCAUCCGGAAAGCAUCCGACGGACCCUCAUAUUUCUCCACACCUCUCCCUGUAGACUUGCCCGCCAUGGCGCAACAAUAUGCCCCUGCGCUCGCCGCGUUGCCGUCAAUAUCAACGCUUCGCCAUCGCCUGGAGGUGUAUAUACAAAACAACGCGAAUCUUGCAGAAAGGAGCCGUAAGCUCAAAGAGAAGGACGGCCAGCUCGAAGCCAUGUACCGCAAAGUGGUCAGCCUGUGCACUAAGGUCGAGGAGGACCGCAUCGAUAGCGUCCUGGAAAGCCUUGUGCAGGCUUUGGAGAGCGAUCCACUUGACGGAGUGGAGGUAUCGCGCGUAAGGGAGUUUUUGCGUAAAGUGGAGGGUGUCGAGGGGUAGUGUCCCUGCUUCGGAGGGUUGAAAACCUGCGCCAUCCACUCGACCUCCGAAACGACUCUGUUUGACGAUGGGCGUUUGAGUAGGAUCACCGCAUGUUUCUUUCCUGUCCAUUCUUCGAGAGAUUCUUAUUCGACUGCACGAAGGCACUGCGCGCCGUUCCAUCAUGACGUUUGAGUUUAUCACGGAUCCGGCCGGUACACGUUUUACGAACAUUUUCACUCC